GAAUCCUGCCGACCACGCCUUUUUUUCCCCUUUUCAUUCUACGUUUCGAGCUGUUUUUGCCAGAAUUUUGAAUACUACGUUGAACGAAAUGUUCAAAUUCUUCCGCCACUGAACUCGUCAAAGACGCACAAGUCGCUCGAAUGAUCCUGCCGAGAAUUUUUUUUGGUUGUCCACUUACCGAGUACCUGGCCAGUUGACCGUGCCGCUAAAAUAGUUGCUGCCUUGCAUCCUUCGACAGCAAACAAUCUCUGCUACCCCCAAUUUGAAGAGGCUCGAGGGCGCCGCUCCUCCCCGGCGGCGAAACCCGGCGCUCCCGCCGGCCGCUUGCUGGACUGAGGGCCUGCGUGCCCCGACGCGCAGCUGCUCGACGUUUCAAGCGCUCCCGCGCUCCCCCUCCAUCCAGAACGGGAUCGCGCCCGUAAGGUGCUCGACGGAAUGCCGACGCAGUUCUAGCGCCGCCGUGAGCUUCCGACAGAUGCAGGGGAUUCUCGCCGUCCGCUCGGGGGCGUCACGCGCGCCUCUGCAUGUGCUAUUCGCGUGGCGGCGCGGCGCGAGGACGAGGUGGCUUCACGGAGGUGGUGGUGGCAGCGGCCUCCGCGACGCGGAGGAAGAGGAUGUCCCGUACGCCGACGUGCCUCGGCCAGGGAGGAGGUGGGAGCGGAAGCCGUACGUGACGCCGAUGAAGGUGCUCAUCCGGCGCGCCAAGGAGGAGAGGCAGACCCGGCGGGAGAACCCGUGCCGCGUGCUGGAACACCCGCCUGAUAACGGCCUCCUCGUGCCGCACCUCGUCGGGGUCGCCCGCCGCGUGCACGCCGCGAGGGAGCGGCUCCUCGAUGGCCUGACCAGGCUGGUCGAGGGCGAGGACGCCAUCCCGGUGAAGCGAUGCAGGUUUUGUUCGGAGGUGCACGUCGGCCGCGUCGGGCACGAGAUCAGGACGUGCGAGGGCCGUGACAGCGGCGCGAGGAACUCCCUGCACGUGUGGCGGCCGGGCACCGUGCGCGACGUCGUCGGCUUCCCCUACUGCUACCACCUGUUCGACCGCGUCGGCAAGCCCAGGGUGGUGCACAAGGAGAAGUACGACGUGCCGAGGCUCCCGGCGAUCUUGGAGCUCUGCAUCCAGGCGGGCGUAGACGUCGAUCGGUACCCGACCAAGCGGCGCACCAGGCCGGUCUACUCCAUCGAAGGCAGGAUCGCGGACUUCGAGCCGGACGAAGCAGGCGAUUCGGAACCAGGAGCGUCAUCUGAACCACCAGCUUGCUCACCAUUGCCGUCUCCAGCGGCGCCAACUGCGAUCUGUUCAUUCUCACCCGACGAUAGUGAUGAGCAAAAGGAGGAAGAGGAGGAGGAGGUGACGGUGCCCGAGCUGGCCUCCAGGACGCUGCAGUCCUGGCUCGACAUGCGUUCCGGCGCGGCGAGGCUGAUGAAGAAGUACAGCGUGCACACCUGCGGGUACUGCCCGGAGGUGCAGGUCGGGCCCAAGGGGCACAAGGUGCGGAUGUGCAGGGCCACCAAGCACCAGCAGCGGGACGGGCAGCACGCCUGGCAGGAGGCCACGGUGGACGACCUGGUCCGGCCGAGCUACGUGUGGCACGUCGCGGACCCCGGCGACGGUGGCGGGCCGCCGCUGGCGAACGAGCUGAAGCGGUACUACGGCAAGGCCCCCGCGGUGGUGGAGCUGUGCGUGCAGGCCGGCGCGCCCGUGCCCGCGGCGUACCGGAGCAUGAUGCGGCUCGACGUCGUGCCGCCCGCGCGGGACGAGUACGACCUCGUCGCCUGAGGGUCGCGGCCGGGUCUCCGGUGGCGCGCACCUUGUGGGGGAUUUCAGCGCAACGUGUGACGCGGUUCUUCAGUUGUGUGUCGGACUAACGAACAGUUUGCAGCGGCAUUGGGACGAACACGAUUGAGUUCGUGUACUCGUGUCUUCAUGGUUUAUAUUCUCUCGGACAAGUAAUGCAUAACCAA